AGAAGAGCAAACCAGCAAAACCGAGACCAAGCGGCGAAAGAGCAUUGGCUCGACCCGGGAACUUUAGAUUCGGAACCUCUCAACACCAAACCUCCUCAUGUCGCCCGGCCCGAGUCGCAUUCGCUUGAUACACUCGUGAGAUCACUCGAAUCAUCCCGAUUCCGCUGCCGACGAGGCUUGUCGCUGGCUGGCUCUCCGUCCGGCACCCGUCGCGAUGGAUCUCCUCCGCCGCGCUGGGAGAUUCAUUCCGGCGAGGCGCAGUCCUCUGCCUUUAUCAGACGAGAAGGGCAAGCUACGGCCGCGGAGGACUCUCGCGUCGCGCUUUGCCUACCUCAGACGGCCGCUAAGGUUGAAAGGAAACUCGACCAUCUCGGUGCCGCUGGGCGUCGUCAUCCUCUUCCCCUGCAUAUUCGUUAUCCUCAUCCUGGUGCUGUUCGUCCGGCACCCGAGCUCAGCAGGACGGGCGCUCAUGCCCACCGGCGCCCCGCCGGCAAUAAGGAAAAUCAGCGAAAAGCAUGACAAGGUUUUCGUCACGGGCUGCCUGCAGCCCGACACCAGCAAGCCCCGUGCGAACGCCGCCUUCGUCGUCCUCGCGCGGAACAAGGAACUCGACGGCGUGAUCCAGUCCAUAAAGUCGAUCGAGCGCCACUUCAACCGCUGGUACAAUUACCCUUACGUCUUCCUCAACGACGGAGACUUUGACCAGAACUUCAUGGACACGGUCAGAAAUUACACCUCGUCCUCGGUCGAGUUCGGCAAGGUCGGCCCGGAUAUGUGGGGGUAUCCCGACUGGAUCGAUCCCAAGGUGGCCAAGGAGGGCAUCAACAAGCAGGGUGACGAUGCCAUCAUGUACGGCGGCAUGGAAAGCUACCAUUUCAUGUGCCGCUUCUACUCGGGUUUCUUCUACAAGCAUCCCCUCCUGGCAAAGUACGAGUGGUAUUGGCGCCUGGAGCCCGAGAUCAAGUACUUCUGCGACAUCACCUACGACCCCUUCCUCGAGAUGAUCGCCAACAACAAGACUUACGGCUUCACCAUCGCGGUCAAGGAACUGCGCGAAACCGUCCCGAACAUUUUCCGCUACGCGUCCGCCUACAAGCGCCUCAAGGGCUACAAGUCGCAGGGCCUCUGGGAGAUGUUUGUCGAGCCGCAGCCGGAAAAGAAGGAAAAGGAGAAGCUGCCGGAGGAGGUGCAGCGCACCGAGCCAGCUCGCCUGCCUGACUUUGACCCGGAGGCCAUGGAGGGCGAGAAGUACAACAUGUGCCACUUCUGGUCCAAUUUCGAGAUUGCCCGCCUCGACUUUUUCCGGAGCAAGGAGUACGAGGAGUUCUUCCAGAUGAUGGACCGCAGCGGCGGUUUCUGGAUGGAGCGGUGGGGCGACGCACCCAUCCACUCCCUCGCCGCCGGCAUCCUCCUCUCGCCCCGCGAUAUCCACUACUUCCGCGACUUUGGCUACCGCCACACCACCAUCCAGCACUGCCCGGCCAACGCCCCCGGCCGCCAGCUUCCGCGCGAGCCAUGGCUCGAGAAGACGACGCUCAACGAGAAGGAGCGCAUCGAGGAGGACCAGUACUGGGAGCACUGGGACGAGCCCCAGGAGAACGGCGUCGGCUGCCGCUGCCGCUGCGACACGGACAUUGUCGAAGUCGAGGGCAAAGAAGGCAGCUGUCUCCCCGAGUGGGUCGAUGUCGCGGGCGGGUGGGCGAGUCCCUAAGCCAGUCGUCUCCUAUGUCCGAUCGCGCCGUCACCGAUGGGUGAGCAGAGGGCAAAGAAAG